AUGGCGACAGAUACAAUCAUGGACGAAUACCUCGAGACGCUUCCCUCGAAACAUCUCGAGCCCCUGUGGUCGCAGAUGAGCUUGCUGGCACCUUCACUGCCCAAGCCGGUGGCCAAACCGCACGUGUGGAAGUAUGAUGAAGCCUUUCCCAGCCUUGCGAAGGCGGGCGAGAUUGUGCCCGAGGAAAAGGCGGAGCGUCGAGUGCUCAUCCUCGUGAACCCAAACAUGAAUGCUCCCUUCACUACAGACACCAUCUACGCCGGCCUGCAGCUCGUCAACCCCGGAGAGACGGCGCCGGCCCAUCGACAUGUCGCGUCGGCGUUUCGCUUCAUCAUCGAUGGCGAGGGAUUCACCGCCGUUGAGGGUCAGAAGCUGCCCCUCGUGCGCGGCGAUGUGGUUGUCACACCGAAUUGGCAUUGGCACGAUCACGGCAACGAGAGCGAGAAGCCAAUCGUGUGGCUCGAUGUCCUGGAUCUGCCGCUCUUUACGUAUGCAAAGGUCCAUUUCGCAGAGGGAUAUGGCGAGAAACGGUACCCGAGCGAACCUGUGGAAGUGUCCGACUGGCGCCACCCUUGGUCCGAGACCCAGGGUGCACUCGACGUCCAGCCAGGAGAUCACGCCGUACAUCACUACCGCAACUACGCGGGUAAGCCCCUCGCAGGGACACUCGGGGCGCAGGCCGAACGUAUCAGCCCUGGUACGACGACGACCGCAACGCAGGACAUACGGUCCUUCAUCUACCAUUGCUACGCCGGCCAGGGUUAUAGCAUGGUUGAAACAGUGAGUGGAGAGACGAUCCGGCUCGAAUGGUCGUCUCGAGACACGUUUGCGGUGCCAGCCUGGUCCAAGGUGGUGCAUGUAAACGAUUCGGAGACGGAGCAGGCAUAUCUGGUUGGGAUGCACGAUGGGCCGUUUUUGGACGCGCUGGCCUUGAAACGGCCAAGCACAUAA